AGGACCCGUUUUAAAUGGUAUUUAGUAGAGGCGACACCCGCCUCCCAAAGUCCACCGAAAUUGGGAGCCCGGGGUGGAAUAAAAUGCCAUUCAGUACCUUCAUUAGCUAAGGCCUCAGCGACCUCUUUCAUGACAGAAGACUGGAAAUGUUUCGAGAACAAUCAUCAAGCUAUCGUGUUAGAAUCCGAAGAUCCCAACAACACCUAUUUCACAUCUGAGACUUAUGACAGGGUCGAAGAGAAAUAUAUCGAAUAUAAAUGUCAGUUAAAAGAGGCCUUGGACAAAAUCAAACCACAAGCAAGCUUGCCGGCAAUAUCCACAGCUUACUCACACAAUAAUGAAGCCAAUGUAUCCAGUGCAGUGAAGCUACCAAGAAUUAUUAUCCCAGUGUUCUCCGGCAAGUAUGCAGAGUGGCCUACCUUUCAUGAUUUGUUUGAAUCUGUGAUCCAUAACAACCAAACUUUAGCACCUGUGCAAAAGCUCCAUUAUUUGAAAGGUUAUCUGUCAGGUGAGGCAGAGCAAUUAAUACGACACACACCCAUAACUGAUGCAAAUUAUGAACAAUGUUGGACAUUAUUAAAGAAAAGGUAUAGCAAUACUCGCUACAUCUCAUCAUGCAUACUCAAUCGAUUAAUAAGCCAGAAGACCUUAUCCACAGCAUCUUGUUAUGGUGUCAAACAAAUAUUGGACACAACAAAUGAAUGUUUAAGUGCUCUCACCAACAUGAAUAUAGACGUUUCAUCCUGGGAUCUCAUUAUUAUCCACCUGGUCAUACAGAAGCUUGACCAGGAAUCCCGGAAACUAUGGGAACACAAGAUCAGUGACAACUCAGACUCACUACCAACCUUUAGUGAAUUUUCAACAUUCCUGGAAUCCAGAUUCAGAGCAUUAGAGUUCCUCGAUCCAAGUAACAAGAGAGAAACUAAACCAAAAGAAGCGGAGCGACCUAAGGUGUUCAGUGUUACUACAACAGCGUCAUCAAUAUCCUGUCCACGCUGUGCAGAAGCUCACUUGUUGUACCAAUGUAAGCGGUUUGGCCAGGACUCAGUACAACAACGACGGGACUUUGUCAAAAAUAAGGCGUUGUGCUUCAAUUGCUUCGGAGCAAAGCAUUCUGCAACACAGUGCAAGCGAGAUACUUCGUGUAAGCGCUGCGGUCGUCGCCACCACUCCCUGCUGCAUCUGGACAGCGAGCAUCCACCUUCAGCGCAACCAAGCCGAGUUAGUGAAGGGGAUAAGAUCCACGGCAAACAGCGUGAAGGUAUCCAGGAGAAGCCAGAGCAGAGGGAACCAGUCCCUAGUAACAUUGUGGCUCAUGCUGCUGAAGGGUCGAGUAUGCCCAAUAGUGAGGUAAUGUUAACUACGGCAUUAGUUAAGGUAGAAAAUAAGGGAAAUUGUCAUACACUUAGGGCAUUUCUUGACCAGGGUUCUCAAAUAUCAUUUGUGAGUGAGCAUACUGUUCAAUUACUUCAGUUACACAAGAUACCUGCAAAUGGUAGUGUUGAUCCUUCAGGACUGGGUGGGGAGAAAAUCCCAUUGUCAACACCAAUUAAACACAAGGUUCAAUUCAAAAUACAAUCCACUUGUGGCUCCUUUAGUUGUGUUGUUCAGGCAUAUGUGGUAAGACAGGUAACUAAUCCCAUUCCUUCACAGAAAGUUGAGAUUCACGAUUGGCCAGAGUUGAAGAAAUUAAAGAUGGCAGAUCCAGGAUAUGACACUCCAGGGCAUGUGGACAUGUUGCUGGGUGCUGAGGUGUAUGGACAGACUCUGAUAGAGGGUAUGGUACGGAAUCCGACGUCCAACCUGACAGCACAAAACACCGCUCUGGGCUGGAUCCUGUCAGGAAAAACGCAAGUCACUCCUGGGACCAGGAAGUAACUUCCAACUUGCUGACGGAGUGGAACGAGUUUCGGGAGCAGCUGCCAGUUCUCAACAGCUUCAUCAUGCCAAGAUGGGUCGGUCUUCGGCAAGAUGCAAGUGA